AUGGCGCCUCCACCAAUCAAACACAAAGCCUUGCUGAAUGUCGAUCUGGGUGAAGGGUACGGCAAUUAUGUCUGCGGUCCAGAUCUGGAGUUGCUGCCGUUGAUUGACCACGCAAAUGUCGCAUGUGGCUUUCAUGCGGGAGAUCCACUGAUAAUGCAGGAGACUGUGCGGAACUGUAAGAAGCACAAUAUCAAAGUCGGGGCACACCCCGGGCUUCCUGAUAUACAAGGUUUCGGUCGACGCGAGAUCAAAAUGUCUCCCGAGGAGCUGACGGCUAUCACUGUGUACCAAGUUGGUGCAUUGAAGGGUUUCCUUGACCAGGAAGGCGUGCCCCUACAUCAUGUCAAACCCCACGGCAUUCUGUACGGAAUGAUGUGCCGUGAUUAUGAGGUUGCCAAAGCCGUUAUGCAAGGAGUUCCCAAAGGAGUCCCGGUCUUCGGUCUUGCAGGGACGAACAUGGAGAAGGCGGCCAACGAUCUCGGGAUCACCUUUUGGGCGGAAAUGUAUGGAGAUGUGAAAUACAGCAACGAUGGCAUGCUUGUCAUUGACAGGAAGAAGAAGCCCUGGAAUCUCGAAGAUGUCAGGAAACAUGUUAGUCAACAGCUCAAUUCGCAAUCCGUGACGGCCACAGAUGGCAGUGUUGUUCAGUUGCCAGUCAAGGACUAUCCGAUAUCCAUAUGUUGUCAUUCGGACUCUCCCGGGUGCCUUGGAAUAAUUAAGACCACAAAGGAAGUGAUUGAUGAGUUCAACAAGGAACAUGGAAGGAUAUGA